AUGAAUUCCAACAUCCCAGCAGAGCCGCCGCAAUUCCCGCCAUUAGGGCCAGCAAGAACCGCUCGUCGGAACCGGACUAGGCUUGCCUGCACCCCAUGCAAAGUUCGGAAGCGGAAGUGCGAUGGAGGAAACCCUUGCGCAACCUGCACCCGAUACGAUUAUGAAUGUUAUUAUGAUAAACCGGCUCGGCCAAGGAAGUCAGCUGCAACAUUGCUGCGGCACCGUCAGUAUCAGGAGUCCAGUCCCCAAGUUGGCACGUCGCCGCAGGAACCGCCGGACAAGUCUUCUCCCAAGAAUGCCGGGAAUACUAGCAACAACAAUAACAAUGCCAAUGAUGAGAGUCACGAGACUGUCCAGAUUCAGUCAGCUUCCACAAAGCGGUACAUGGAAGCCAACUCUGGUGUGCUUUUCCCGCGUACUCUCGGCUUGAAGUUGAACUCUAGAAACAAUGUGCAACAGGGAGAUUGUCCCGGCUGGAACCUGGGGAUCCGCCAUAGCCCGCGGCGGUCUGAGAAGAGCAUCACUUGGGUCUUACCUUAUAGUUCUUGGCUGGAGCUGUGCCAAGUCUAUAAGAAACGUGUUCAUCCUAUUUAUGGCUUCCUAGAUCUGCAGACGGUAUGCGCGACUGCACAACGGCGAUGGGAAGAUCCUCAUACAACGAAUGAAUAUGACACUGUGUUAUGCGGAGUUGCGGCGUUGGGAUCAUUAUUCUCAUUCCAGGCAAAUUGGGAACAAGAGCGUCAUCUAGUCGAAUGCGCCAAGGAGAUCCUCGAGACAUCUGGUACCAUCACGAAGCCAACCCUUGAUGACGCGGCAGGCUGGCUUCUGCGUACGUUAUACCUGCGAUGCAGCAUAUCUCCGCAUGCAGCAUGGAUGGCCAGCUGUAUUGCACUUCAUAUUAUUGAAGCAACUGGGAUACACCAGGAAUCUGCCUCUGGUGUCGUGUCGCUGGUUUACGCCGACACCGCAACGCCGCCAUCAAACAGUGCAGGGCAAGGGCACCAGGAAGUUGAAACAAAGAGGCGAAUUAUCUGGAUUGGAAGACUCUUGAAUACCUGGAUUUCUUUUGAAUAUGGGAGAUCAAGAGUCAUUCUUCGUGGAGCCUCUUGGCCCCUCCCUAAACCAGAGAGCCGAGAUGGCGAUUAUACCUCUACCUUGAUUUCUCUAUUCCAACUCUCCGAGAAUCUAGACCCAGACAACGAUAUACCGGCCGUAAAUUUGGAAAACUCCUUGGAAGAAUUAGAAAAAUAUGAUUUUGAAGUUGACGCGCUGAUUCUUUCCCAGAGUGUCUUAGCUUUCACUAUCUACAGACGCCUUCAACUUCUCGGUUUAAGUGUCAAUAAGACGGCCGUUGAUAGGGUUAUUAACCUUGGGCGCCGAGGCCUUGAGGCAUCCCGCCGAUGCAUUGAUUCAAAUUGUCCCUGGUGGCACGUCAAUAAUGUGCCUUUUCAAUUCACUUGCAUCCUCUUGGUGAUUGACACUUCGGAUUCCCUGACGCACGUCCAUGAUUCCGUUGCUGUUCUGAAAAAGGCCGCCGAUCACUUUGGGACUCCUAAAUCCCAUCAAGCAUACGAGACUAUUGAACUAUUUGUUCGUCUAUCACAGCGGCGAAAGGAGCAAGAUGCGGCUCUUCUAGGGAAAUCGCUAUUUAUGGACCAAACAUCCGAGCAAGAGCAGGAACAGCACCCUGCUAUAGAACAACAAAGUGUUGCUACCGAUAUUAACAGCAUGGAUGGGUCGUUGCUUUGGCAAAAUGAUACCAACAAUGGUCUCAACCUUCCCGAUUUUGUGAAUCCUAUGGACUGGCAGGCCUUUAUACGGGAUCCUCUUGACUUUUCGGCAGCAAUAUUUUAA